UUGUUUCAAGGUCACAGUGGGGGCUGAUGGAAACACUGAUGGUGAUGAUGACGAUAGAGCUUACACAAAACUAUUGUGGUGGUACAAUAGUGACGCUACUUUGAUUUGUAGAGUCUGACAUUGAUGCUAUAUAUAAGACAUGGUAUUGCAAACUAUGGCAAUUAUUGGUAUGAAGUUGGAGAAACAAUAACAACCUAAACAAUGCAUUGCACAAUCACAGUUAAAAGAAAUAAACCAGAUGAUAACUUUUCACAUUCUGAACUCUGUCCAAGCCCCUCAUUGCAAUUGAAAACACCAGGCACAUGCUGUUGUAAAGCACAACACAAGUGAUGGUUCAAGUUAAUCAUUUAUGUUCUUGUUAUGAGGAAGUGAACUUUAAGCCUGAGCAUUUAAAGGAUCUCCAGGAAACCAUUAUUGUAGCAAAUGCUAUAUGAAACACACAAACUUGAACCUGGGAAGAAAAAAUGGAUGUAUAAAAUAAAAUCUUUCCGACAGUUUAGACGUCUACCAUACCAGAUUUGACGAAUAACGAGGAGAACUGGUUUAACAAUACAGCCUAGCCUUUAGAUUUCAUGUGAAGCUUUGACAGUUUGUUAAAGGCAACAUGAAAGCAGACGACAAACUUCUGAUCUUGAAAUUCUUCCUAAUGCUUGUCAAUUCCUUCUUUGUGAUUCUUGGCAUCAGCAUUUUUGCGUGUUCUGCUUGGAUUCUAUUUGAUAAGGACAGCUUUGUAAGUGUUCUCAGCUCUGGACAGGAAGUGAAGGUGGUGGCUGGGGGGCUGUUUUUCAUUGGUCUUGUUGUGGUUGGUGUGUCCUUGCUGGGUUGUGCUGGUGCCUAUUUUGAGAGCAGAUGCUUCAUCAUAUUUUAUCUGUGCUUCUUGAUCGUCAUCAUACUGGGUCAGCUUUUCAUCACCUUCGUGCUAUUGAUACGAAGAAACACGAUUGAGCAGUUUUUGAGGGAUAAUGUGGACGAGAUCAUUAUGGAGUAUGGAGGAAAUGAAACCCAUACAUCUUGGAAACUUCUAGACAGUGUGCAGACUUCUGCACAAUGCUGUGGUUUGCUAACCUCAAAUGAAUGGAGGAACAACACAGUUAUUGAGUCGCUGGGGGAGACUGACAUCUACCCUUGCUCUUGUUUUAAUGGUACCUGCCCUGUAAUUCUGCCUGGAACACACAGCUUUGGAAAAGGAUCAGACAUCUAUGAAACGGGUUGUGAGAAGGUUCUAGUGGACUGGCUAGAGAUGAAUAUAAUCUUAAUAUUUGGAAUGGACGUUGGGCUUCUUUUGAUUCAGAUUCUGCAGUUUAUCUUUGGCAUCCAAACCUACAAAUGCAUCGGCCGUAAGACGAGGGAACUGCAUCCCAGUAAUCUACUGAACGCCAUGGAGGAGAAUCCUGCAGCGCAGCCUGAAAUCCAGCAGCACAGUAUGGAAAAUCAGCUGUUUGAUACUCAAACCUACGACCCUCAAAUGCACAAUGGCUACUAUCAUCAUGGUGGAUAUGUUGAUGAGAAUUAUGACCAGUAUAAAAAUCCUGAAUCUUACGAACUUGAUAACAGUCAAAUGUACAGUGGCCAUCAUAAUCUGCAAUACCAGCAGAGCUACAAUGGCAGUUAUGGUCAGGGAUACAUGCAGCACCAGAGCUACCAUCAGAGCUACCAUCCUGAUGAUUACUGAAGCCAGAUUCUCGUAAAACCAUUGUUUUGUUUCACUAAAUUCAGGUUAGUGCCUGUUCCCAGGAGUAUCAUUUGUCAUU